CUCAAUGAGCGAGGGAGCUGUUACAGUGGGAAACUACUGCUGCUACUACUAUUGAUGAGAAUUUGUGUUUGACGUGAUUCAAGAGACUGUCCUGUACACGAGUUCUGUCGUUUCUUCCGAUUUUGUCUUAGUAUUCGCUGCUAAGCUCCUGUGGAUAUACUAUGGAGAUAAUUUCCCCUGAGGGUCUGCGUCAGGAUGGUAGAACUCCUACAUGUCUAAGAACAAUCAGUUGCAGAUUAGGUUUAUAUGAUAGGCCUAAUGGCAGUGCUUAUUUAGAGAUGGGUAAUACAAAGGUCCUUGCUGCAGUGUAUGGCCCACGGGAGGUUCGCAGUAUUAGUAAGCAGCAACUUGAUGAAUGUGUUAUCCAGUGUCAAAUGAGCCGAAUUGCUGCUUGUCAAGGGGAACGUGUCAGACGUCCAAGAGAUCAGAGAACUCGAGCUAUGAGUCUGCAGAUUUCUGGGAUAUUCCAGGGAGCCAUACGUAAAAGCAAAUAUCCAGGGUCCCAAAUUGAUAUUUAUGUUCAGGUGCUGGAAGCAGAUGGAGGAGUUAUGUCUGCAUGUGUAAAUGCUUCAACUUUAGCUUUAAUACAUGCAGGAGUAGAACUAGUUGAUUAUGUGGUAUCUUGUACUGCAUCUAUGCACAAGCAAACACCAGUUUUGGAUGUCACCCAUCAAGAAACAGUUACUGGCUGUGAGCUAACCAUAUCAUUCCUUCCAAACAAGGAACAAAUUAUUUCUAUGGAUACAUCACAUCCUUUGCAUCAAGAUCAGUUUGAACCUGUAAUGGAUCUUGCCAUUGUUGGUUGUCACCAAGUGUAUGAUAAUAUGCAUCAAGAAGUUGAAGCCUACUUACAGGAUAAACAUGCAAUUAUGUCUCAUAGAUAAACCUUAAUAAAUGGAUACAUUUA